CGAUUGGCCGGCGGGUAUAAAUGGUGGUGCGCCUGAGCCGCACGCCGCCGCGCAUCGCCUUCCCAAACAGCCGACCAGUCAACUGAACGGCAGCCCAUCAAGCGUCCCAGCCUGUCACUGAGGGGCGCCGCCGCCGGGCCUGGGCGUCCCGGGAACUGCAGGAACGAUGCAGUCGCUGCAGGACAAGGCGUCGGAGUGGAGCGGCGUGGCGGCCGCCGACGCCUUCGCCAUCGACGAGGUCAACGUCUUCGAGGCGCUCGGCGGCACCCCGCAGCCCUUCGUCGACCUCUCCACCAACUUCUACACCAGGGUUUAUGAGGACGAGGAGCAGUGGUUCCGGGAGAUAUUCUCGGGGUCCAGGAAGGAGGACGCGAUCCAGAACCAGUACGAGUUCUUGGUGCAGCGGAUGGGCGGCCCGCCGCUAUUCUCCCAGAGGAGAGGACAUCCUGCCUUGAUAGGACGACAUCGGCCAUUUCCAGUUACCCACCAAGCUGCGGAGCGAUGGCUACACCACAUGCAGCAAGCUUUGGAGACUACAGAAAGCAUAAACCCAGAUACAAAAACCAAAAUGAUGAUUUUUUUCAGGCACACUGCAUAUUUCCUUGUCGCCGGUAAUGAGAUGACAAGGCAAACCCAAAGUGUACCUCCCUGCAAACAUGCAACGAGCAAACCAGCUGAGUAGCCGCUCAAGUCUAUCCAGUUGAAUAAUGAUUUCAGCUUCCGUGAUUCCUAUACGAUUCCCAUGUGCAACGGGAUCAAGGUUGUUUAUGCAUUAUAGGAAACAACACGCAUGAUGUUGUAGAGGGGGAGUGACCCAAUCAGAGAGCAUCUCAAAAUUGGUAAAUUUGCGUUCUUGAUCGUACUCCUCUUCUCUCUUGAUUUGAGCUUGAGGGCACAAGUUCUCUGCUCCUGCUAAGGGGAGCACUGCUAUGGUGUAUUGGUGCUCAA